UUGCCACUUGUCAGACAAAAAAAAAGAAACGUCAACGUCAAGUAAACUGUCAAAUCAUCAGUUUUUAUUAAUUUUUCACUGUUUUUAAACUUAUUCUUCUACAUCAAUUCAUGUUUUAGUCGUUGCAUUAAAUGUGAAAUAUGCCAAUUUUAUACAGUGUUGUGUCUAGGGGAGGCACAGUCCUAGCAAAGUAUGCGAGCUGUGCUGGCAAUUUUGCGGAAGUUACGGAACAGAUAAUUGAAAAGAUUCCUCCUCAAAAUGACAAACUUACAUACUCCCAUGGGAACUAUCUAUUUCACUACAUAUCUGAAAACCGAAUAAUAUACAUGUGUAUAACAGACGAUGAAUUUGAACGUAGUCGAGCUUUCUUAUUCCUCAAUGAAAUCAAAAGACGAUUUCAGACAACUUACGGUUCUAACAUUGACACAGCCAUUGCGUAUGCUAUGAAUUCUGAAUUUUCGAGGGUACUGGCCAAUGAAAUGAAACAUUAUUCCGAAUCACAUGAUGUGGAUACAAUUUCAAAGGUCCAUAGCGAAUUAGAUGAGCUAAAGAAUAUUAUGGUUAAGAAUAUAGAUAAUGUUGCAAUGAGAGGAGAAAGAUUAGAAUUGUUGGUCAAUAAGGCAGAAAAUUUGAACAGUGGGUCAGUUACCUUCAGAAUAACCAGCAGAAAUCUGGCAAGGUCUCUAUUCUGGAAGAAUGUGAAACUCUAUGUGAUUAUAGGUGUAAUUAUAACUGUGACUGUCUACUUUAUAGUGUGUAUGGCCUGCGGUGGCUUACUUUGGCAAGGCUGCAUUGCAAAGAAGUAAACAUUGACCGAUCAGUGAAUGGUAUUACCUUAAUGACAGCAUUUAAAUUUUGGGUUAGAUUUGGCUUGAAAAUUUUUUACACUGCAUUUAUAUCAUAUUUCCUAGGUUUCAUUGUUUCAUUAUAUAUCAACGUGAUUACAAAAAUAUCUCAAAACUAUGAAUAAUUAUAAUUAUUAUGUAUACUCUAAAUCAAUGUACAGAUAGUAGGAUAUAUACAUGGUUAUAUAAAGAUUCCCAUAAUUAGUUAUAAGGAUGUAUUUAAACUAGUUAAGUAAUAGCAAUUUUUGGGAAAAAUCCAAAUGUC